AAAAAAGAGGAUUUUACCAAAAAUGUGUAGAGAGAGAGAGUCUAGAGAGAGAAGGUAGAUGUCCUUCAUUCUCCUCCUUCCGGCCCCUAUCUUUUCCAGCCGCACAGAAACACUGAAAAUCAUUUCCCUCUCUUUUACCCAUUUUUGGUUUCCGCCGCCGUCAGCCGCCGCUUCCGCCGCCUAAUCUUUCCACACACACCGCCUCUCUGUCUCUUUCUCUCUGUCAAGGUCUCAAAUGAUUGGAUUGACAAAAGAGUGGCAUGAGUUGGAUUGGAUUGGAUUUUGCAUCAAGUCUUCUAUAACUCUGUUUCAAAGUUUUAGGGUGCAGUAAGGUGUUGAACGUAGCUCUGGUAUCUCUUGAAUCUAUCAGCAAUGUCCAACAGUGAUAGAGAAAUAAUAAAACCCGAGAUGAUGAAGUCAUAUAUAUGGCUUCAAACUGCUGAUGGUUCAGUCCAACAAGUAGAACAGGAGGUUGCAAUGUUCUGCCCUUUGAUAUGUCGUGAAUUACACACAGGAGUGGGAUCAUCAAAGAACCACCCUGUAUCUCUUCCACCCCGAGUCAACCCUGCUAUGUUGAGCUUAGUCCUUGAUUAUUGUAGAUUUCACCAAUUAGCUGGUCACUCGAACAAGGAGCGGAAGUCCUUUGAUGAGAAGUUCAUCAGAAUGGAUACCAAAAGGCUUUGUGAGUUAACAUCUGCUGCAGAUAGCCUUCAGCUGAAACCUUUGGUUGAUCUCACUAGUCGCGCCUUAGCACGGAUGAUAGAAGGGAAAACUCCAGAGGAGAUACGUGAGACAUUCCAUUUGCCUGAUGAUCUUACAGAGGAAGAGAAAUUGGAGCCUCUAAGAAACAUGACAGAUGACCCUCGAAUUCGUCUUUUGAAUAGAUUGUAUGCAAGAAAGAGGAAAGAACUACGAGAGAGAGAAAGAUUGAAGAAUGCUGAGAUUGAAGAGGAACGUGUUGAUGAUCGUUCUGUUGAUGACCUUUUAUCAUUCAUUAAUGGAGAAGAUGGAGAUUCAAAGGUUGUCAAACCUAAAAAUAAAAAGAAAAAUCGAAGAAGGAAAGAGCAACAAAGAAAUGAUUCUUCCAAUGGCUGUGCUUUGGAUAGUGCCUCCUCUUCUAAGGACUGUACUAUGAUGAAUAAGGAGGAAUCCAAUGAUCUUGACCUUGUUUACCACAAGGAUAGAAUUAACAAUGGUAUUCAUGUUAAUGAUAGAGACUUGAUGAAGUUCCUAGAUCUUGAAGAUGGUGAAUUUGGAGCCGAAGGUGAAUUUGAUGACGGUGACAUAGAUGACAUAGAUCCUGCAAUUAAGGAAGAAAUUGAUAGGGAGGUGGAGGAUUUUGCGAGGAGAUUGAAUUCAGAUUGGCCAGAAAGAAUGCAAGAAAUUCUAUGUUUAGGCCAAGAAAGAAGGACUAGGACUUGACUUGAGUCGAAACUCCAAAUUCAGUUAUGGAAGAUUCCUCGGCCAAAGAAAAGAGCUGCCAGAACUUUUGUUGCCUGCGAAUUAACUCACACACCCAGGAGAUUACUAUGGCACAUCUUUGUAGGGCAGAAUCAUGUCAAUGUAGAUCCAUCCUUGUGCACCUCUUUGAACGUUUUUUUUUGUUUUAAUGUUUGUUGGUAGUAUACAGGCAAUUUUGAUAUUUAUGUUUGUUGUAUACCCAUGGGAAAACAUAAAUGGAAGGGAUUGUUUAGUUGAGAGAAAAAGUGUGUUUUUUUACAUCCUCUCUAUGAGAUUCAAUGGUGGUAAUAAUACAAGAAAACAUUUUAUAGUGUUUC